GAUGGGGCCGGCUGCCGGGGGAGGGGUCUCUGCGCGUUGGGACGGGGGCGGAACCCCAGGUGUUCGGGACAGGCUGUUGGGGGAGCGCGCCCUCAGCGAACCAAGUAAGGCAUCUCACUGGGAAAGUCGAAUGUGUGUGGCGGCCGAAGCCGAGGACGGUUCCGAAGAGACCUCAGCAGGGCGGGCCAGGGCCUACGCGAACGCCGACCCUUAAGAGCGCGGGGACAGGGAACUGGAGCGUUCCUCCCAGCCCCCGACGUCGCGGGCCCAGUGUCCCCGUCCAGGCUGGUUGGGCGCACGCGCGGCCCCACUCGCCCCCACGCGUGCGUCCCCGCUGGUCCCGCCCCCGGCCGGAAGUUCCGGCGGCGGAGCUGGGCCGGGCCCAAGCGGAUCGCGGGCUCGGGCUGCGGGGCUCCGGCUGCGGGCGCUGGGCCGCGAGGCGCGGAGCUUGGGAGCGCAGCCCAGGCCGUGCCGCGCGGCGCCAUGAAGGGCAAGGAGGAGAAGGAGGGCGGCGCACGGCUGGGCGCUGGCGGCGGAAGCCCCGAGAAGAGCCCGAGCGCGCAGGAGCUCAAGGAGCAGGGCAACCGUCUGUUCGUGGGCCGAAAGUACCCGGAGGCGGCAGCCUGCUACGGCCGCGCGAUCACCCGGAACCCGCUGGUGGCCGUGUAUUACACCAACCGGGCCUUGUGCUACCUGAAGAUGCAGCAGCACGAGCAGGCCCUGGCCGACUGCCGGCGCGCCCUGGAGCUGGACGGGCAGUCUGUGAAGGCGCACUUCUUCCUGGGGCAGUGCCAGCUGGAGAUGGAGAGCUAUGAUGAGGCCAUCGCCAAUCUGCAGCGAGCUUACAGCCUGGCCAAGGAGCAGCGGCUGAACUUCGGGGACGACAUCCCCAGCGCUCUUCGAAUCGCGAAGAAGAAGCGCUGGAACAGUAUUGAGGAGCGGCGCAUCCACCAGGAGAGCGAGUUGCACUCCUACCUCUCCAGGCUCAUUGCCGCGGAGCGUGAGAGGGAGCUGGAAGAAUGCCAGCGAAACCACGAGGGUGAUGAGGACGACAGCCACGUCCGGGCCCAGCAGGCCUGCAUUGAGGCCAAGCACGACAAGUACAUGGCGGACAUGGACGAGCUCUUUUCUCAGGUGGACGAGAAGAGGAAGAAGCGAGACAUCCCCGACUACCUGUGUGGUAAGAUCAGCUUUGAGCUGAUGCGGGAACCGUGCAUCACGCCCAGUGGCAUCACCUACGACCGCAAAGACAUCGAGGAACACUUGCAGCGUGUGGGUCAUUUUGACCCUGUGACCCGGAGCCCCCUGACCCAGGAACAGCUCAUCCCCAACCUGGCUAUGAAGGAGGUUAUUGAUGCAUUCAUCUCUGAGAAUGGCUGGGUGGAGGACUACUGAGGUUCCCUGCCCUGCCUGGCAUCCUGGUCCAGGGGAGCCCUGGGCAGAAGCCCCCGGCCCCUGUACAUAGUUUGUGUUCCUGGCCACCCCAACCCCUUCCCCCCAAGUUCUGCUGUUGGACUUUGGACUGUUCCCCCUCUCAGCAUCGCUCUUGCUGGGCUGUGAUCGUCCCCCUUUGUGGGCUGGAAAAGCAGGUGAGGGUGGGCUGGGCUGAGGCCACUGCUGCCACUAUCUGUGUAAUAAAAUCCGUGAGCACGA